CCACCUGCGCCUCACAGCAAAAACAGGAAGUAGGACCAAAACAAAGGAGCGGCAUCCCGGCGGAGACCUUCUUUCCUUCAUCCUACUAAGGUCUCCGCCCUGGCCGCCCACCCCGAGCAGUCAGUCAUCCGACUAUGUCUAAUAUGGAGAAACACCUGUUCAACCUAAAGUUCGCGGCCAAAGAACUGAGCAGAAGUGCCAAAAAAUGCGACAAGGAGGAAAAGGCGGAAAAGGCCAAAAUUAAAAAGGCCAUUCAGAAGGGCAACAUGGAAGUUGCAAGGAUACAUGCUGAAAACGCCAUUCGCCAGAAGAACCAGUCGGUGAAUUUCUUGAGAAUGAGUGCGCGGGUCGACGCAGUGGCUGCCAGAGUCCAGACGGCGGUGACGAUGGGCAAGGUGACCAAGUCGAUGGCUGGAGUGGUUAAGUCGAUGGAUGCGACGUUGAAAACCAUGAAUCUGGAGAAGAUCUCUGCCUUGAUGGACAAAUUCGAGCACCAAUUUGAGACGCUGGACGUCCAGACGCAGCAAAUGGAAGACACGAUGAGCAGCACCACGACGCUAACCACUCCCCAAAACCAAGUGGAUAUGCUGCUCCAGGAAAUGGCAGACGAAGCCGGCCUAGACCUCAACAUGGAGCUGCCGCAGGGGCAGACCGGUUCCGUAGGCGCAAGUGUGGCCUCCGCGGAGCAGGAUGAACUAUCCCAGAGACUGGCCCGCCUGCGAGACCAAGUGUGACAACAGAACUCACUCUGAGGUUUCCUGCCUGUAGCCAACUUUUGAAAUGCUCUGUGUAUAUUAGAGAGAGAUUAUACACUAAAAACUUUGAAUAUGCCAGAAUGCUGAAAUGCUCUUAAGAUGCUUCUGCCUUUGGGUUUACAGUGUUCUUAGAUACAUUAAGGAAUUCUGUAUAGCUUGUGAUGUGUAUUUUUAUAGCUACCUUUUAACAAGAUUAAUCUGGAGUAUAUGGAUCUUUCUCAAAAAUUUGAUCACAUCUUUAGUUCCCUUGUAUACAGUUUUCUGCCCGAAUUGUCAAAAUUGAAGGGUAUUUUAAUUUAGCGUAAUUGAAAAUUUGUUAAAUUGGCGUAUGGUGUGUAAAAAUUUAAGAGAAUGAUUUUUUUAUUACAGGGCUAUAAAUACCUCAUUCAACUUAUGGGCAGUGCUGUUUCUGUGUAUCCUUUGUUUUUUGCCAUCAAAACGGGACUACAGUUGACUAUUAAUCUGUUUUCACAACAUUAAAAUUACCUUAGGACAGUCUUGCGUAAUACCCUCUUAUUGUUUACUUUGGGUAAAUUUUUUGUGUGGUAGUUGUCUUUUAUAAUGAAAAAGUAUGCCACGUAACUUCCAUUAUAAGGAAAAAGUUUUCAAUUAUGGUUUUUUUUCAUUUGCUAAAGAGGUUUUUAAAAGAUUUACAGGGUUUAACGUAUGGCAUUUCUUUUAAAUGAACUUCUCUAACAUUUCUAGCUACUUUCCUAUUUCAACACUUUAAUUAGACUUCUUACAAAAUAUGUUGAUAUUAUCAUGGCAGUCACAUUACUCACUCUAACAUUGCCAAAGAACUAUUGAUUGAUUUGAGAAAAUCCUGGGACUCUAGGUUUUCUUUUGAUUUUAACAACCAAAAAUAGAAAUAAAAUUAGAACAGCAUUUAACAUUAUAGUUAUUUGCAUUUAUUACGUUCUUAAAACAACUCAUUUAAAAACCUUAGAAUUAUAAAUUGGAAUGUUUUACUUAGCCAUGCAGGCAGCUGAAAGUUGGGGAAGAAAGAUGCAGGAUUGGACAGCAUGCUUGCUCCUUUAGUGCUGGAGCCUAGCUGCGCUGCCUUCCACCUUUCUGGAAUGGCAGUCCCAAUUUCUGGCUGAAAAGGAGAACCUGUAGCCAAAACUUUCUCAUAGCCUCAAAACAUGAAGAACAUCAGUUUGCUUUUGAGUUGGCAGGUAUGUUAAUCUAAGUACUUGUGGAUAUUUUAAAUUCCUCUUUUUGUUCACUGGGAGAUUUCUCCAUAAGAGAAUUCCAGUGUUCCAGAAAAUAAUUAUAGGGACUCACAGGCCCUUUGAAAGAUUCACCAUUAAUAACAUGUUUUCCAGGGCAAAUGAGAGCAUGUUUAAGGGGGUAAACGUGUACAGAUGAGAACUGACCUUCAUAUUUAAGUAUCUUUAUAUCUAACUGGUUGUUGUUCUGAAGUCUUCUGUAAGGGACACCUAUUCAUUGUCUGCCCCACAUCUUUCUAGAAUUCCUCCCCUUUUUGUGUCUUAUCUCAUCCACAUGAUUGCACAAAGGCAGUUGCGUGAGUACAGCAAGAGUGGUAACCCCUCUUUAGACUGGAAAAAAUAAUACUUUAAAAAUAGCUUAGUGUUGAAUCCUUUUGUAAAUUGAAGACCCUUCUAUAAUACAAAUAUUCCCAACAAUAAUAAUAUAUUUUGCAAGAUUGAAUAAGCUUGAGCAUUCUUAAAAUAUGUUCAUUUCAAACUAUAUAAAUGUAUAUUUUUAGGAACCAUAAAUAUUGCUUCAAAAGCAUUAGACCCAUGAAUUAUUUUCUCAUUUUUGCAGUUGAUGAAAUGCUGAAAUGUAAACCACAGAAGUUUCUCAAAUAAAUCACUUAAAAUUGCAGGUUACUGCAUAUGAUUGUGUAUCCUGUUUUAAAAGCUAUUUAAGAAAAUUAAUUCAGAGGUAGGUUUGGUUCAGAAAGCAUGGUAUUUUUCCAAGCUCACCCUUACCACCUGAAUUUCUGUUCAGUUAGCAUGGAAUUUUCAUGCACAGUUCUAGAAGCCCUAGCUAUUACUGGUACUUCUUUACUAUAAUAGUUUCUUCAAGUCAACAAGAUACUUCCUCAUACUGAAACUUCCCCAGGCUACAAAUAGAUUUUUCAAAAUAUUUUUUCUAAUUUUUCUAAUUUUUUUUUAAUUUUCAAAAAGACCCAACUCAAACAUACCAAGGAAAUAUUAAAUAAUCUUCCAUGCAACUACUAGUACAGUUUUUAUUUAUUUUUAUUUUCCUGCCUGCAAAUGUACAGUUCCUAACAUGGACCUAGGAUAAAUUUUUAGUUAUUUAUGAACUGUUUAUUUCAGCUCAGAUGAUAUGUGCUUUAUUGGAGAACUUCCUUACUAAAGCUAUUUAUUCUUGAUGAAAUGUUAAUGCAUGUAUGUGCCUUUUAAAUACAGACAUUCAAUGAGUCUUGGUUGCUGUGUGCCUACCCAGCUGUCUUUGAUUUGGAAAAGAGCCACCUAAAAUAAGCACCACUGUGAUAACCUUACUAAUUAAAUAUAGUCUCAGGGUCAGCCCGACAUUCUCACAUUGUGAAGCAGAAGUAAGGGACCUUAUGUCCUAGAUUCUUUCUUUGCAAUAUGCACAACACCCUCUUGGAAGUGUUUCUGUAGCCAAAAUCCAAAGCUCAAGACUUUCAGUACUACUGACAAAAAGCCACAAGCCAGUGGACAUUGAACAAACUGAUGAGCAGGGCCCCGUCUCCCCACCCAGCCCCCGCCUUACAAUCCAUGGGCAUUAGAAAAAUGCCUGCCUUGUUUACUUAGGAUUUUUUACAACUAGAUGCAAAGCUCCAUAAGGAGAAGGACUGACAAUGUCUCUUAAUGACAAUUUCUGCCUUAAUGACAAUUUCUGGGCCUACUGUGGUUGGUCCCCAGCUCAGUGUGCUCCUGCUAAUGUCUUUGUGUGAAUGUAUACCUUCCUCAUGAUCAUGCCUAAGGCUCUCUAAUGACGUGUACACAGUGGGUGAGGUGGGUGCAGUGGGAACAUGACUAGAGCCCCAUUAUAUUUCCUCGGAACACUUGUGUCCUUUUCCUUUAUAGCAUUUUUCCUAAUUGAAAUGUUUGCUCCUGCCCUUGAGGGUUUAUGUAUCCUCCCUCCUAAAUAGUGUCAGAACAAACCAGCAGUGUUUAUUCAGA